CUGAUGUUUACUUUUAAGUUUAUUUCUUAUCAGUUUGCAACAAAUAUCCUUAUGAGUUAUAUUAACAAAUAGGGUGAGCUCCGACGGAUAUAAACGUGCUUAGAUAUUUAUGUUUCAGUUGCCGAGGAUUUGCAAGUAUACAUUGAGGAAAAAUGUCGGUGCCUGAGCUUGUUAGUUGCGAGUGGUUACAGGGGCGUUUAGCAGCGGGAAACACUUCCGGUCUUGUUAUCGUCGACGUCUCCUGGGCAAGCAACCGCGACUGCCACCAGGAUUUCAAAAGCAAACACAUUCCCGGUGCCCAGUACAUGAAUAUACUAAACGCGGACCACAGCGACCUCUAUCCCCGAGCUAUACCACACGUGGACACGUUCACGGAGAUGGCACGUGCUGCAGGCGUAAACGCAGACUCGCAUGUGGUCGUGUACAGCAACUCGGACAAAGCCGGCUACUUCCUGUCCGGGAGGGGAUGGUGGAGCUUCAAGUAUUUCGGCCACGAGAAGGUGUCAGUUUUGGACGGCGGGUUACAAAAGUGGCUCAGCUCCGGUUUUCCGACCUCGUCUCAGUCGGAAGCUGUUACGCGCGGAAACUUCUCCAGUCGAGUGGACGCCCUGAUGUUGGCGGACUACAAGGCUGUCUGUGAUAACCUCCAAGACCUGAAAUUCCAUCUCGUCGACACCCGGCCCGUCUCCGCCUUUUCAGAGGACCAUAUACCUGACGCAGUAAAUCUCACGAUGGCAAACAUUGUAGAUGAGGAACAAGGAACAAUGAAAUCCAAAGACGAAAUAAAACAAUUGUUUGAAGUUGCGGGUGUGAACCUUGGGCGCCCCCUGGUGACACAAUGCAACAGUGGAAUGUCCUCCUGCACUGUCGCCCUUGCUGCAAGACUUGUGGGGGCCGCGGACGUACGUGUCUUCAUGGGCGGUUUUACAGAGUGGAAAAAGAGACAAAACAAGGAUGUAUGAUGGAAAGAAGUUUUCAACAGAACAACAGAAACUAACAAUAUGACUGUAUUAAUUUAGUAUGUCAAUAUGCAAAUGUAUAUGGAUGAGUCUACACAUGUGUAUUUUAUACACCGGUGUCUUUACAUACCCUUCUUACGUUUCAAUUAUCAUCUUUGACAUUGUUCUAAAGUUCAAUAAGAACAAAGUUAUUGCUUUUAUGCGGAGUUGCAAGAUGCACUGAACUUACAGUAAUGUAUGCUAAUAUCCAGGUAACCAAGGAAAGGUCAAAUGUACACAAGCUGAACUAAUAAUGGCAGACAAACUCUGAGCAAAAGUGAAAUACAAUAUGCAUAAAUUCCUCAUUAUUCAAUUUAUUAAAUCAGAUAACAUUCAGACAACACAAGAAAUAAUAGCGCACUUUUCUUUAUGUUUUUUGUCAAAUCUUUCACAUAUCUCAUAUCACACCAAAAUAUGUACAAUAUUUAAUGGUGAAUAAAUUAAAUGAAACUA